AUGUCUAGCCAGAGUCAGGGCAUAAAACUGAUACACAACCCGGACAGCUCAGGAUACCGCCUCCUUGAGCUUCCGCCCGAUCUAGCCAACCUGCUCGAAUCCGAUACAGCACCGGUUCUCACGCUCGAAUCCUCAGACAGCUCAACUGUACUUCGCACACCGAGUAAGACAUACAACCUCCGCCAGAAGAACACGUCCAACGGCCUAUAUCUUUUGGCACCACAUUCUCCUUCGGAUUUGCCCGACCAAGAACUUGCUGUUAUAUCCAUCAUUCACGAGACGGUGGAGCUUGAUGUUGUUCCUGAAAUGCCUGUGAGACGGGAUAAGCUUGCGGACACGGGAAGCAGAGGCAAGUGGCAUGAAAUGUUUGGAAAGGGGCGGUGA